AUUAUCAUUCAUUUCUCUGUUGUUUCGGUUUUUCUAACAGCGUUGGGAUCCAAGAACAAUACGAUACACUUUGUGACUGAGUUUAUCCUCCUGGGUUUCAGUAUCCAGGGGGAGAUGCGAAGUUUCUUCUUCUCUUCAGUUCUGAUUCUUUACCUCUUGACCUUGCUGGGGAAUGGAGCUAUUGUGUGUGCUGUUAGAUGGGAUCAGAAGCUCCACACACCCAUGUACAUCUUCCUGGGAAACUUUGCCUUUUUAGAGAUAUGGUAUGUCUCUUCCACCAUCCCAAACAUGUUGGUCAAUAUCCUCUCUGAGAGUAAGACCAUCUCCUUCUCUGCCUGCUUCUUCCAAUUCUAUUUCUUUUUUUCACUUGGUACAACAGAGUGUUUCUUCUUGUCAGCUAUGGCUUACGACCGAUACCUGGCUAUCUGUCGACCAUUACACUACCCCUCUAUCAUGACUAGGAAGUUCUGUGUCAUCCUGAUUUGUAUCUGCUGGGUGAGUGGAUUCCUGUGCUAUCCAGUCCCCAUUAUCCUCAUCUCCCAACUUCCUUUCUGUGGACCUAACAUCAUUGACCACUUUGUGUGUGACCCAGGACCAUUGUUCGCACUAUCCUGCGUACCUGCUCCUUCCACCGAGCUUCUCUGUUAUACCUUCAACUCAAUGAUUAUCUUUGGGCCCUUCUGCUCCAUCUUGGGAUCCUACACUCUAGUGCUCAGAGCUGUGCUUCGAGUUCCUUCUGGUGCUGGUCGAACUAAAGCUUUCUCCACAUGUGGAUCCCACUUAGUGGUGGUGUCUCUGUUCUAUGGAACUCUUAUGGUGAUGUAUGUGAGUCCAACAUCAGGGAACCCAGCAGGCAUGCAGAAGAUCGUUACUCUGAUUUAUUCAGCCCUGACACCCCUCAUAAAUCCCCUCAUCUACAGUCUCCGAAACAAAGACAUGAAAAAUGCCUUAAAGAAAGUGCUAAAACUAACAACUAUCCAAAACUGA